ACCGGCAACCUCCGCGGCACGCACACGUGCGCUCUCGAUCUGCUCCCGAUACGACAAGUUUACUUACGCGAUGCCCAUGGCGGCGAUUCACGCUUACCAAAAUCUCGGUGUAAAUCAGAAGCUGACGCAGCUUCAGUCUCCUGCGCCUAGGAGACUAGCACCUGCUCCUGUUGAUCCUGGUCGGUGCAAGAAGAGGUCCUACCUUCACCAGCCGUACCCGACCCAGCCGGCUUCCGUGGCGAGAAGGAAUGCUCGAGAAAGGAACAGGGUGAAGCAAGUAAAUAAUGGCUUUGCUGCUCUCCGCCAACACAUCCCUUCGGCAGUUACGGCUGCAUUGGCGGGUGGAAGAGGAUCUUCAAGAAAACUCAGCAAAGUCGACACGUUGAGGCUAGCUGUAGAAUACAUCAGAAGUUUGAAACGUUUACUCGAUGAAAAUGACGAGGGAUGUACGGAAACACAGCUGAGCCUCGGGAUAAAUACAACUGGACCUCAAACACCCCCAUCGUCAGAAGAAUCUCAUUCACCGGCACCCUCGCUCUUAUCCGAGAGUUCGGCAGGACCCAGCUGUCAUGAUGCUUAUGACUCCUACGAACCUAUGAGCCCUGAAGAUGAAGAACUCCUUGACGUCAUAUCAUGGUGGCAGCAGCAAUGAUAAAAGGAACCGGUGCAUUACGGUGAUCAGACUGCGCCUAUAGAGCGGCUUAGUGAUUGUGAAAAAAGAAGUGCCUCAAGAGGACGCGAAUGGAGCGCGUGGGCCUCCGAGAGAACCUCUAAUUAACCGCAAUCAGUAUAUUCCUAAUGAGAGGGGAUAAUGGUGGACUAUAACGACCCCAUCGAUGCAUUCCGUUGAGCGAACGUCGAAUACCCUGAGCAUUUUGAGCAUCGACGGAAUAGCAGCCAAGACUGAAAUGACCACUCAUUGUUCCAUACGUGCAUUUAGUAUUCGCCUUAAGUCUUAAGUGAUCCGAAUAUCGCUGUGCCUUAGUGUAGCCUUACUUUUCAAUGUAGCUUCCUUUAGGGCCUAGUUUUAAGUAUUGUUUUAUUAUUGUUAUCUAGUCAUUACGUUUAAGUAUAGUUUAUCUCACUCAAUCUUUUAAAUGAAAGGAUUUUCGUUAAUCUGUUACCGUCAGUUGAUAAAAUACAUUAUUGUACUUGAAAGUCUACUUGGUAAUGUACGAAAAUAAGAGAACAAUUCGAAACAAAGACUUUUAGUGUAUAUUGUUAAGUUUAGUACCAUAGAAAAGAUUCCUAAUAUUUUAAGAUGACGC